AUGGACGCCGCAGCAGAAGCUCGCAAGAGGGAGCUUGCGAUAUGCCCGACAGACGAUGAUACGAUAGCCCCGAAGAGGAAGAAACCGCACAAGCAGAGUUGGGAUUACAUAUGGCGGACAGGAGUGGCGGGAGGGCUGGCAGGGAGCGCCGCAAAGACAGUGGUAGCGCCUCUAGACCGAGUCAAGAUCCUCUUCCAGGCCAGCAAUCCCCAAUUCGCCAAAUAUACAGGAUCAUGGUUCGGCGUGGUGUCGGCCAUAAAGGAUAUCUACAGAGACGACGGAACGCGCGGGUUAUUUCGCGGACACUCCGCAACGUUACUGCGAAUUUUCCCCUACGCCGCUAUCAAAUUCCUAGCAUACGAACAGAUCCGCUCUGCCUUAAUCCGCAACCCAGAUCAGGAAACGCCAAUUCGCCGCCUGCUCUCCGGUUCCCUUGCCGGAGUCACAAGCGUCUUCUUUACCUACCCACUCGAAGUCGUCCGAGUCCGACUGGCAUUCGAAACGAAGCGCGAUAGUCGCUCCUCGUUCUCCGCAAUCUGCAAGAAGAUAUACAACGAGAGAUCACCCCCGCCGCGGCCCGUAUCUGGCGAACCAGUGGUAAUAGCGACGACUGUCAAAACCAUAGAUGCAGUGACGCCAAGGUUCGGCCUCUCGAACUUUUAUAGGGGUUUCUCGGCCACGAUCCUAGGCAUGUUACCCUAUGCGGGGAUGUCUUUCCUUACGCACGACACGGCGGGGGAUAUUCUGCGGCACCACAUGAUUUCAAAGUACACGACGCUCCCCAAGCCCCUUGACUCCCCGCCUGAUAAACCAGUGCCCUUGCGCUCCUGGGCAGAACUCUUCGCAGGCGGCAUCGCAGGAAUGGUAUCCCAGACGUCCGCGUACCCGCUUGAAGUCAUUAGGAGGAGGAUGCAAGUUGGCGGUGCUGUGGGGGAUGGACGCCGAUUGCACCUGAGCGAGACAGCGAGGAUGAUAUAUAAGGAGAAAGGUAUUAGGGGAUACUGGGUAGGGCUGAGUAUCGGCUAUGUGAAGGUUAUACCGAUGGUCGCGGUUAGCUUUUAUGUGUACGAGAGGGGAAAGACAUGGCUAGGCAUUUAG